GUGGCUGAGUGGGCGGGGCCUCCCGUUCAUAUCCCAGUGUCCCCUGUACUAACUUCCUUUCUGACCCUUUCCGGGCGUUCAAGAUGUCGAAGCGAGGACGCGGUGGGUCCUCCGGGGCGAAAUUCCGGAUUUCCCUGGGUCUUCCGGUCGGAGCUGUGAUCAACUGUGCAGACAACACAGGAGCUAAAAACUUGUAUAUCAUCUCUGUGAAGGGAAUCAAGGGACGGCUGAACAGACUUCCUGCUGCUGGUGUUGGGGACAUGGUGAUGGCCACAGUUAAGAAAGGCAAACCAGAACUAAGGAAAAAGGUACAUCCAGCAGUGGUAAUUCGACAACGAAAGUCAUAUCGAAGAAAAGAUGGGGUGUUUCUUUACUUUGAAGAUAACGCAGGGGUCAUAGUAAACAAUAAAGGAGAGAUGAAAGGCUCUGCUAUCACAGGUCCAGUGGCAAAGGAGUGUGCAGACUUGUGGCCCAGAAUUGCAUCCAACGCAGGCAGCAUUGCAUGAUUCUCCAGUGUAUUUGUAAAAUAUAUUCAUUAAAGUCUCUGCUCUGAGAGCUGGUCUUCUUGACACCUUUUCCAAUAUCAGCUUUGCAGAAGGAAACUUAAAUUUCAGUUCAGGGCAUGACCUUCAUGACCUUGCAGAACUUCUUCACUUUCCAGGUUAAGUAAAGGCGAUCUUUAGGGGCUGUCCAGAUGGAUCAGCUAUAAAGAUUCAAUUGUAGAAGGUUCACGUCUCAAUGCCCACGUGGUAGCUGUAACUUCAAUUAAAAAACAAAAACAGCCGGGCGUGGUGGUGCACGCCUUUAAUCCCAGCACUUGGGAGGCAGAGGCAGGCGGAUUUCUGAGGCCAGCCUGAUCUACAGAGUGAGUUCCAGGACAGCCAGGAAUACACAGAGAAACCCUUGUCUCCAAAAACCAAAAAAAACAAAACACGCAUUCUUUUCAGGUCUUUGCUGGGACCAGGUACACAUAACACAGAUAAAUAUUAGAGCAAACCAUGCACAUAUGGUAAAUUAUCUUUGGGUUUUGGGUCCCUAAAAUAAAGUGGUGUGUUCAUUGUG